AUGCCUUCACAAGAAGACAGUCAACCGCCCCAAGACCCUCCACUGCACUGCCAUGUCAUCGUCUCGACGAUGAAUCCAGCGGCGGGAGGAGGGCGCCGCAUGGCCAAAGGCAAAAGCCGUGCCCAGUGUCCCUUUUCGGUGGUGACAGUGUCGACCAAGCGGAAGCGAAAGCGCGGCGCUCGACACGCCGAGCAAGAGCUAUUGCAAAGAUCGCCCUUCGAGCCCAGAGGCAGAUUUUUAACGCAUGACACAAUGGACGUGGCGUAUAUCGUCGAGCCGCAUAAGUGGUGGUCUGGCAUGACACGGUGCAAUACACGUACAGUGAACCGCGUGAAGUACUACAGGGAGGAUUUUGUUUAUGUGGCGACCGAUCGGGCCAUCGCGCAACAAAUGGCUGGCAAUGGGGAAUCCGAACACCAUGGGUUCCAGCCCACCGACUACUGGGUGGCCAAAAUACUUGAUAUCAGGGCGCGGGAUCAACACCACGUCUAUGCUCGUGUUUGUUGGAUGUACUCCCCGGAUGACUUGCCUUCCAAAGCACUCGACAACAACAAGCUGGUACCAGGACGGCAACCUUACCAUGGACAAAAUGAGUUAAUAGCGUCCAAUCACAGUGAUCAGUGGAUAUCAUUGAUGUCCUCAGUGUUGUUAUGCGCGCUCAAGUCAGGCAGUUGGUGGAGUCGGACGAUGAAGCGGUGCACUAUUCGCUGUACUGGCGGCAAGCAUUUGACUGUCGAACGUCUGAGCUUUCGGUAUGACCUACGGAAUCCCAUCUACUUAUGGCAAAAGAUGCCUGCCAAUCCGGACAAAACAUUGAUUGGCUGCUCAAAUCCAAGUUGCGAUCAAUGGCUUCAUUACGAGUGUCUUCUGCAUGCCUGUCUCAUGAGUGUCUACGAGCAGCUGGGCACAGACAAGCCGCAUAAGACAGAGUUGGCAUCGAAGGGGAAAACUGUGGUAAACCCACAGCCAGACGUACAAGCAAAAAUAGCAGCAAAGGAGGACGACACGACAAAGCCAGCUGCUUGUGAGAAAGAGAGUGAGGUGCCUUACUCAAAGUUAGAGUGCACAUACGGCCUCACAUCACAGCCAGCCGGUACACCGGAAAAAGCAACAGAAGUCAUGGAAGUGGCGCACGACAAGCUUAAUCAGUCGGAACACAUAACAGAACCGGGCACAAAGGAGAGAGCAAAUGGCGCGCCAUAUGUCGGGCUAUUCGAUGCAAAGCUUCGGUUAGAUCGACACCAAGCAGUGUGGGAGGUGGCUGAUCUGCGGCAAAACAUCCCUUGCGGCGAUCGAGAAUGGGAAUUGGACGUCAAAUGUUUGGUCUGCGGUUCUACAAUCACGUAG